GAGGCCGGUAGCUCAGGCGGGUCCAGCCGGACGCCCGCACAGUACAGGCGGUCGCGGCGAGGUCCCGGAUGCUGGGGGCGUGUCCCCAGCCGGCGAGGCGGGGUCAGUGCCGGGGGCGGGGUUGACCUCACUCUCUCCCCGUAGUCGCGGUUGCCGUCCGGGCCUGACCCCUGGAGCACGCGAGCUGAAGAUGGCGGCGGAGCGCAGCGGGCUGCGGAGGCGGCGCCGCGACCACUGCCGGCUUUGACCGACCCGCGCGCCGGCUGCGAGCGGCCUCUCAGGCGGAGCGAGCCGGCCGGCCGGGCCGGGGGAGGCGCUGAGGGGAUCCCAGGGAAAGCCGGGGCUGAGGGGGGCAGAGGCUCCGGGGUGCCCCGCGCGGGGACCCGGCUCCGAGGAGCGGAGCGGAGGUCAGGACGCCAGCGCUGAGGGGGAGGAAGCCUGGCUUGGCCGUGGGCAGCCGGGGGGCGGCUGCAGCUGAGGUUCCCCUCGUGCCGGCUGCCGGGCGGCCCGCGCCAUGUUCUCGGUGCUGUCCUAUGGCAGGCUGGUGGCCCGGGCAGUCCUGGGCGGGCUCUCGCAGACGGACUCCCGCGAUUACAGCCUGGUGACCGCCAGCUGCGGCUUCGGCAAAGACUUCCGCAAGGGCAUCCUCAAGAAAGGCAUGUGCUACGGGGAUGACGCCUGCUUCGUGGCCAGGCACCGGUCCGCCGAUGUGCUCGGGGUAGCAGAUGGUGUAGGCGGCUGGAGAGACUAUGGGGUUGACCCUUCUCAGUUCUCAGGGACGCUAAUGCGAACAUGCGAACGUUUAGUAAAAGAAGGACGGUUCGUACCAAGCAAUCCUGUUGGAAUUCUAACCACAAGUUAUUGUGAGCUGCUGCAGAACAAAGUACCUUUGCUUGGAAGCAGUACAGCUUGCAUAGUAGUUUUGGACAGAACAAGUCAUCGUUUACAUACAGCAAACUUAGGAGAUUCUGGAUUUCUGGUAGUCCGAGGAGGAGAAGUAGUACAUCGGUCUGAUGAGCAGCAACAUUACUUCAACACUCCAUUCCAGCUGUCAAUAGCUCCGCCAGAAGCAGAGGGAGUCGUCUUAAGUGAUAGCCCGGAUGCUGCUGACAGUACUACUUUUGAUGUUCAGCUAGGAGACAUUAUUCUGACAGCAACAGAUGGACUUUUUGAUAACAUGCCUGACUAUAUGAUUCUUCAGGAGCUAAAAAAGCUGAAGAAUUCUAAUUAUGAGAGUAUACAACAGACAGCAAGAAGCAUUGCUGAGCAAGCUCACGAACUGGCAUAUGACCCCACUUACAUGUCACCUUUUGCACAGUUUGCAUGUGACAAUGGAUUGAAUGUGAGAGGGGGAAAGCCAGAUGACAUCACCGUCCUUCUUUCUAUAGUAGCUGAAUAUACAGACUGAUUUGCCUAAAAUGUCAAUGUCUGUUUUUCAUUAUUCUGGAGUUUCUAGCUUCGUGUGUACUGUUUCCUGCUGGCAGGAUCACGUUCUUUCUUUGCAGCUGAUCUCAAUGGCCAGUUACUCAAGCCUGUUGCCUCUUAUGACACAAUUGAGAUCCUUUAAGAACCACUAUUGUAGUACACUGGUCUUCGUCUGCCAGCAAGAAAUGAAGAAACUUAAGGCAUGAAGCUUGUCUCUCAAAACUUAGUAAUCAUUUCACAAGGUGGGGGAAACCAGAUCCAUAUGGUUACUACUUCUAAAAUGUGACUAGUUUCAAAUGACUGAUAUUGAUUGGUUACAAUUCAAAACUAGAUUUAAUAAAUAAAAUUGAUAAACCCUCCACAAGAGGGUGUAUUACUAUUCUGCUAGAAUCAGCCAUUCUCCAACAAAGGAGAUGUUACAAAGCAUACUUCCAUAAACAUAAUCUUGUUAGUGAUAGGUGAGGGUUUGUUUAUAUAUAAACUCCAAUUUUCAAGGGGUUUAUAGCUGCUGUAAACAUUUUGCUCUUGGCAUACAUGGUGUCAGCCUUAGCCUUUUCUAGUACAAAAUUUGAAAAAACAAAAUUAGUUUGAGCUGUAUGGAUGCACAAGUGUUUUGUGAUUUCAGGUGCUUAAUCGUGAUCUUAUACAUGAAAGUUUUUUUGCAAAUAAUUCAUCCGUAAUGGAACCUGGUAUCUCUGGAUGUUUUUUGGCAGAGGGGAACUUUUUGUUUAAAAAAGGUUUAUUAAUAUAUUAAAUUGCAACUCAAAUUCACAAAAGCCAGAAUAUUCAAAGUUGAGGUUUAGCAUAAUAUCCUUAAUCUGUCUCUGAUCAGCAUGUGGUGACAUGCCAUUAUGCUGCAAUAUCUAAGAAUGAUGGGUUGCAUUAAGAACAGAUAAUCCUCAGUUCUGAACUUCCUUGCUUUUGUUUGCAGAGAACUUUACUGUUAACUAGGCAUAGUUUGUGUUAAUAUUGCCAUUCUUGCUUUGUAUAAAAUAGAAUCUGUACCAAAUUAAUUGGAUUGUCAUGCUGACUCAAAUGUGCACCUCUGCUUAUGCUGUGGCGGCAGCAGCAGUAAGUAUACAAAUGGAAAAUAGUUAACUAGCAAAAUUUACAUUUCAGUAACUGAUAUUUAGGGUUUUCAGAAUGAACCUUCAUGAUGUUUACAAUUAUUUAAUAGCCACUUUGCAAUAUAGCAUUUCCUUAUGAAUUUUAGUAGCUCGCAAUUGUUUCCCCAAUUUCUGCAAGCUCUCUUUCUGAGGUGCAUAAAAGCUGAUAGCUAUAAAGAUCAUAUAUAUUUUUGGUCAGUUUUUCAUUAACUUUUUUUGCUGGUAGAAAAGUACUUGGAAAUAAAUUAAAGCCAUGUUUUAUAUAAAAGUCAGGUAACGAUGUUUAGAUGAGUGCAGUUAAACUUGGUCAGUAAGGAAUCUCUCCUUAUCUGAAAGGAGAUUUUACUACCUGGUUCAUUGUAUUAAAACUGUUAAGUUUUUGAGGAAAUGUCAAAUUGUUAAAAGAUUUUUUUUUUGCUGGAGUUGUACUGUAUAUUUGCAUAAUGGUAUGUCAAGCUUUUAUUUAAAAUCACUUAACAUGUACCAUGUACAUGUCAUUUUACUAUAUUUUAAUGCAUCAUGCUUGUAACAGGCAUUUCAUUUAUGAGAAUGAGUGAUUAAUUUGGAAGCUGUUCAGUAAUUUAUCUGCUAGUCAUAAAUUGACCUAAUUUAGAUAUAUUUUCAAUCACCUUGAACUACUUGUCAAAAUGCCUUAACUACCCUAACUUGGCCAAAAUAGUAGUAGUUUGGUGGGGAUAUGGGAAGGAUUAUACUAAUGAAGAAAAUCUUAAUGUUACUUUUUU